AUGAACAACCGUACAUCCUUGCGUGUUGAAGGUCAUCAGCCUUCAGAAAGAUUUCAUUCAUCAACAUCGGAGAGUAGUAGUGGGCACAACGAUGCUUCUGUGUUGCCUGCAAGUCCUGAAAAGCUGUUAAAACAAACAAGAAGAGGAGAUAAACCAUCUGGUCCAGAUGAUACAAGUAUUUUGUUGGAGUUGGAGAGAAGUAUUUACGAAGCAAGGCUUAACUCUCCUAAAGUAUUCAAUUUUACGGUAUUUAAUAUUGUACUCGGAGCUGCCUAUAUGGGUGGAGUUUUGAGAAAACGGAGAGUUCCUCCACAACAUGCAAAGGCCACAAUUUUAACUCUUACCACUUCGUUUUUGGGUGUGUUUUGUUAUUUGAGAAAUUUAUCUUCCAAUUUUGCAAAAGUUGCUUUGGAUCCAAGAACAGACCAUUUAACAAGCGAUGGCAUUCAACGAUGGGAGAAAGCAAAAAAGAAAUUGUUAGAAAAAGAAGAAGAAUAG